AGUGGAGUAAGUGUCGUGGUAGAUACGGAGAUAAGGGAGGACAAUAGUUCUUGUGUUAGCGGAGCUCUGACUUUAUAUCUGUACCCGCCCAGCAAUAUAUAUUAUAUAUAAUAUAUCGCACCUGCCAACCACUUGUAGGCCGAUCACUUGUACCGCAGUGCGCGAUCAUAUCAAGGUGUCAAGAAAAUAAUAAUAAAGUUUGUUUAUAUUGGUCAAAUUUCACACAAACAAUUAUUACAAACAAAAUAAUGCAGACAAACGGUGAGCUAGAGUUAUUAACCAAGGCAGGCUAUUCUUUAAAAAGAAAAUCGAAAACAAAUUGUUGAAAGGGUAAAGCACUGAGGUAGAUAAUGUUAUUUUCGCGAUUAAUAUUCUGAACCAUUCACAAUAACUCCAAGCUGUCAAACACUGAACGAGUUCUGUAAGAAACGAAUUCACCUGUGUGUGCUUCAUUCAUACUCAAGCUGCUGCUGGCCACAACCAACACACACAUCAUGGUACUAAGAGCUGAGAGUACAGCAAUGACAUCUGCCACUUGGCGCCAUGUCGUGGCGUGGCCAGGACCCCGGAUGUUGUUGUUGUUGCUGCUGCUCAGCGUCCACACUGCUGCAGAUGCUGCUACAGGACCCACGUACGCACAGCGCCUGCAACUGGCUUCUCGUCUCACCAGGGGCGCCACCGCGGACCCCACCAGUUCCCUCACAGCCCCGGAUGUAGUGAACCUGUUGACUCUGUCCAGUGCCACCGUCCAGCAGGCCGUGCUGGCCUCCGCCACUACCUUGUCGUCGCCGUCGUCGACCGGAUCAUCGAGUGACGUGGGAGCCGGCGCGAGCGGUGCGGAGGUGUGUGCCAACGACACCAUCGCCACCAUCAUGGCGCUGACACAGAGACAGAUGUGGGCCGUGCGGAUGGUGGAUGCUGCCGGCAAACCCAAACCAGGCAUACUGGACGGCAACUUCGUCUGGCCCGGCGCCUACGACAUGUGCUUCUCCAUCCGUUCUGACAUCACAGGGAACCAGUCGAGUCAGUUCUCCGGCCAGUACUGCACGGCCACUGUACCAAUUGCUCCUGCACCUCAAGGUUCUUUCUUCCCUAUAGUCCUGUCUAUAGGGCUGUGUGUUCCCAGUACCUGUUCUAGCACCGACAUGACCUCGCUCCUGACAGAUGUUUUUGUUCUGUUAAACACGUCGCUUACUGUGCAAGUAACGUGUCCUGAGAAAGACAAGCCACUGGAUACAAAAGCCAAAGUCGCCAUCGCCAUCUGCAGUGUCCUGCUGGCCAUGAUGGUCGCUGGGACUGUUCUUGACAUCCUUUUCAUCCAGAUGCCCAAAUGGCGAUCUCAGGAAGUACUGGCUUACAUCGCCAAUGGCUCAGACAUUCUGGAUGAACGUCAGCCACUCUUACACAAUCAGCCAGCCAAAGUCUUUGUCCCCAAACCUGGUUUCGUUAGCAAGUUUCUCAUCGCCUUCUCCAUCUACACCAACGGCUCCAAGCUGUUGUCCACCCGCCAGCCACCCGGCAGCCUGACCUGUAUUCACGGCAUCCGCUUCCUGAGCAUGACCUGGGUCGUCCUGGGUCACAGCUUCAUGUUUCCUCUGUCCUCAGCAGAAAAUGCGGGGAGGUACCUUUCCGCCUUUAUUCAGCGUUGGACCGCACAAGCCAUUACGAGCGCCACUGUGUCGGUGGACAGUUUCUUUGCCCUCAGCGGGCUGCUGGUGGCUUAUUUAACUUUGAAGGAAAUGAAAAAGAGAAACGGAAAACUCAACUGGUUCAUGUUCUACUUUCAUCGGUUCUGGAGACUGACCCCGGCUUACAUGCUGGUCAUCAUGGUCUACACAUGUCUGUCCCCAUACUGGGGAGACGGACCCUUGUGGCCGGCAACAUUAGGGGACAGAGACAAUUGCAACUCCUACUGGUGGAGGAACUUGCUGUACAUCAACAAUUUGGUACACACUGAACAGAUGUGUCUGGGGCAGUCCUGGUACUUGGCUAAUGACAUGCAGUUUUACAUUCUCAGCCCCUUGAUUUUACUUCCCUUGUUCUACUUGCCACUGCUGGGUUUGGGCUCGGCGAUGGUGUUCAUGUUGGUGUCGGCCAUCACACCUGGUAUCCUGACAAUGAGGGACAGUCUUCCACCGGGUAUCGUGGCGAAGAUUGAUGGCAACUUCACAAACACGAUGGACUACAUGGACUUCUAUGUCAAGCCCUACAACAGAAUGGGUCCAUAUGUUGUGGGAAUGCUGGCCGGCUACUUUUUAUAUCGCAAUGAUUGCAGGUUGAAAAUCAACAAGAUUGUCAACCUGUGCGCAUGGGCAGUGGCUGCUGCCUGCGCCCUGGCCGUGCUCUACGGUCUCUACGGGGCGUCCACCGGGUCCCCCGUCACCUUGGCAACCUCCGCCUUCUACAACGCCGUCCAACGACACGUGUGGGGGGCCUGCGUGUGCUGGGUGGUGGUCGCUUGCGUCACCGGAAAUGGAGGUUUCGUCAACACCAUCCUCUCCUGGCCAGCCUUUGUACCGCUGAGUCGGUUGACCUACUGCAUCUACUUGUUACACCUCAUGAUGAUGGAGCUUUACCUGCUCAACUCUGACACAACAUUUUACAUGAACGACAUCAAUGUGGUGAUGUUUUUCUUGUCCAUUCUGGUUGUUUCCUACAUGGCGGCUACAGUUGCCUCUCUGGCUUUCGAGGCACCCAUGAUGGGGCUGGAGAAGGUUCUUCUUCAUCGCGAGACACCCGACGAGGCCAGCAAGGCAGAUGUACAGAGCAGAUGAGCCCGCGGCUCCCUGACUGCUUGUGCGAGAGAAAAAGCAGGAGUGAGUUCAAUUCACGGAUGUAUAACAACGGAAAGCUGUUGCUGGUCUACUCUUUGGUGGACCAAGAUAUUAUAGUGUGAGAGAAAGUCAUGUGACAUGACAUCAAAAUGUCAUUUUUCUACAGUGGAUCAGUGGCAUACACUCCAUUGACGAACUUUCACAAGAGACAUUUGUCUGUUGCUGUUUACUGCACAUUGGUAUGGAUCACUAUCAUAUUUUUUCACUCAUUAUUGCCGUCGUCGUCAUCUUCAUACAUCAACAUACAUCUCACAUGUAACAAAAAAUUGUUUUAUCACUACAGAUAGGCAUGACUUCAAUUUCUCUGGUAAACUGAUUACUUUACAGUGUUUUAAAUUGUGUUACCUCUGGCAUUGCUCAGUACACAGCAAUCUCACUUUAUUGUUUCACCAACCUCUCCUGUCGCUACACUUUGUAACAAGACAGAUUUUCCCCAAGGGUCCCCCAUAGCCGUGAGAACAUAAUAUUCCCUCUUUAUGUCGCCAUCCUCGCCUCUCGCCCAGCAUUGGAGCUUGACCGAUGAUGGUGAGAUAAGGAAUCGCGACUGUACCUAAUGUAUAAAUUUAACUUGCCAAAAAGAAACUUUAAUUAUCUGUGUAACGGUUACCAGCGGGUGUUUCACGAAGAACAUUACGAGCAAUCCCACUUUGUACAAAAAUUUUGCAAAUUGCAUUUAGAUGACAUUCUUCUUGAAUCGGUCAACAGAUUUCUUUCUUUUUUUUUUUUAUUUUACUUUGCUGUACUGUAUACAAGUCGCUCAACAGUUAUCCCACGUGGUUUGUUGUUUUCGUUACCUUUUACAAAUCUACUAUGGUCUUCAUUUCUUACGAUCCAUUUAUUGUCUUCAGUUGUUAUGAUUCAUUUAUUGUCGAAUUCGGUAGGUCUGAAUAUUUCAUCUCAACGAUUUUCCUAUUUUACACUUCAUCGCCAUAGAAUAGCUUUUUAAAACAACCCUUCAAGACAAAGAUAAUAAAUUUCCUUUUCUCGUUUUGUAAAACUUGAUGAAAAAUUAUGUUGUUUUCUUGCUAUUAAAACUCAGCCCUGGUGAUCGAUGCCUUUCUGAGUACUUAAAUAUUUUUUCUCAAUUUAUUAUCAAUGAAAUUUUUAGGCCAUUCGCAUUCCGUUCUUGAAGAAAGCAAGGAACAUAUUUUUAUAACCAUGUUUUUAAAGGUUUUUAGACAUACAUAUUUAUAACAAAUUAUUGAUACAAAAUCUGAAUGAGCUAAAUGCUGACAUUUCAUAAUGUUUGAUUUAAUGGAGAAAAUGUUGAACUUUCUCUUUCCAUUAAAAUGUUUGUAUUUUCCUACACUAUUCCUUACUAGGAUGAAGAAAUUAGUAGAAGCAUGCUUAAUAUCGCAAAAUAUUUUAUGAAAGCCUUUACUUUUCACUGAUUUAACGGAGAGUUGAACUGUGUGUGUCUGUGAUAAUUUUAUUGGAGAGAAAACCUACCUUAUAUACCUUCAUAAAAAGUGGAAAAUUGAAA